UUGCCACAAUUUGAAUAAAAUUUAACGUAGCUAGGCAGUGCGACUUCAGCUGCACAACAAUUCGGUAUCUGAUAAAGCACGAUUCGGCUAAUAUUUAUCUCUCAGCUUUCAUUAAAUAUGUGGAGGUUAUUGUGGCAUUUACUUGUGUUCGCGACUCUUUUAUUCUGCGCGAAUGCCAGCCUUAAUUAUACGCAUAGAAAUACAUUUCAUAUGGAUUUGGCCAAUAUUUUGGAAUAUAGCACUAUACUCUUCCCAUUAACUACCGUAAGUAAUACAAAUCUUGUGAACAAGGCAUGUCAUAACCAAAUGCAAACGCUGCGGCGAGGCAUACUUAAACGCGAAACUUGGGCGCUUAAAGUGCUCGAUGCCUCUGGCUCCAAGCCACCCGCUUUCAUGUUUGGCGAUAAUUUUUGGCUAGGAAACUACGAAUUAUGUGAAGCGGCGCAUAAAGCCCUAGACUUGGACAUCUCCCGCUAUGUAGAGCACAAAAUGAAUCUGUCGCUAUUAUCUGCCGUAUCGCCAUUCAAUGUAACAUAUCGAACAGUUUACUUGGAACAUGAAUCACCGCAUCAAGUAGAUGUGAUGUAUGGACAUUUCCGGCCAGUGCUGCAUAUCGGCUUGUGUGUGCCAAAUGAGUGUAACGCUCAGGAAGUAAUGCAGCUACUCAGUGCCUAUUUGGAAAGCGAUUUAUUUAUGGAUGGUGAUCUAUAUGAACUCAAGCCGCGUAUUGUGAAGGCAAAAACAAUGAUGUUUAAUGCAAAAUAUUACUACAAGCUGGCAUCAUUUCAAUUGCUCAUUGGCUUUAGCAUUUACACGCUUGUAAUGACUUUUAGGGCAUCCCUAUUGCGUAGUAAAGAAUGUGGUAAAAUGAAAGUUGUGUAUGCAACAAUAACAGAUGCCAAGGACAAGAAAGCUGAACAAAAUGACCAAAAUUCUAAGGAGCAUAUCAGACACACGCCGACAUCACUUGAGUCUUUUACUCUAUGCUAUGAUAUACAGCUGAAUUGGUCUAAGAUCUUCGCUGCAUCCGAUUCAUCAACUAAUACUUUUGCUUUCUUGAACGGUGGACGUGUAAUCAGCGCUCUAAUCGCAACCUAUUUUCAUACUUUUAUUAUAUUGAGUGCCAUAGCCAGCAAUGCAACACCACUCCUUCGAUACUUGAGUAAUAUAGGCAAUAUGGAUGUGGCCAUGGAUGUCUUUUUGUUAGUCAGUGGGUUUCUGCAGGUCUACACCUUCUUACAAAAUAAAACAGAAAUUGAACGUAUCCGGCAGCAUAGCUUCACACAAAGCAUUAUGCAGAUCAUAAAGACGGUGUUCCAUCGAUUUCUCAGAUUGGCCCCGCUCUACUAUUUCAUGAUCUGCGCCUCAUAUUUAACGUUCCAUUACUUGGACAAUACAUCAGUCUUUAACUCAGCCGGUGUUUUGGCGGGUAAAUGUGAGCAUUACUGGUGGCGGAAUUUGCUCUUCAUACACAAUUUAUUUGAUUAUCGGGACAUAUGCCUGAUAUGGACUUGGCAUUUGUCUUGCGAAAUGCAGUAUUCGAUUGUGCUGACAGUGCUUUUGGUUACGUAUACUAAGCAACCCCAACUUGCUAAAAUCUUGACUUUGCUACUUAUUAUUGGCUCCCUAACGUAUCAAGCUAUCAUUGGCAUUAACUUAAAUUACCAAAUAUCCUUAGAGGCUACGUUCGCACACUUCACUGAGCUCUACAUGCAUCCGCUGGCGCGCAUAUUUCCAUACUUGGCCGGCGCUAUUACAAGUUGGCUAUAUCUUGAGUACAAUUCUAAGUUCAGUUCUCGCAAAAUAUUCAAUAACUUCACCAGUCACUUGAUCUACUUGGUAUUCACAAUUUGUACGCAGGCAGCCCCCUUCGGACGUGAGCAUACUGUGCGUGUGGCAACAUUUAUACUGGUGUUACAACGUUGUUGCUAUGUAUUGAGCGGUUGUUGGUCUAUUAUUGCCAUGGCGAACAAACACCUCGAUUGGUAUCGCCGCAUAUUGAGUGCAAAGAUUUUCCAAAAAGUUAUUCAUAUUUCCUAUGCUCUAUCGCUGUUGAAUUGUUUACUUAUACUCGGUGUCUUUAGCGGUGAUAGUAAAGUGGUGUAUGCGGGACCUUUCCGAAUGACCUUUCUAUAUAUUGGACUAAUUAUUGUGCUGCAUAUUAUGUCUCUGCCAAUGACUUUGUUCUUCGAAAUGCCUUACCGUAAUAUUUCGAAUUUUUUGAAGAAACGAAGCUCAGAGAAGAUUUCUUAAGACAUUUGGAUCGUUCGAAGCGAAAAUUACAAAAUUUUUAA